CACAACCCUUCUUCUCCACCAGUAGCAGCGCUGCUGUCUUCCCACAGGAGAACUGGGAGGACUGCUAGAGUCUGCAUCACAACCCUUCCCUCCCCUCCUUUUUUUUCUUCUUUUUCUUUCCUUGCUUUGGGAUCUUGCUGCUGGAGACGGGAGAUGUUCAGAGAAGAGGAGGAGGAGGGACCACAACAGAGUCGGCAGCAGUGGUGGCACUGGGGGCAGCUUGGCACAGAGCGGCGGCUAGACUGUCCUCAGCAUCUCUUCCAAGUCCUCACUGCCCCGACAAGGAUGUGAGGAAGAAAAACCUCUUCUGCUGCUCUCCUGACUCAAGCCUGCCCUCUUCUAAGGGAGCACUCGCUACUCUUCUUCUCUGAUCCAGAGACUGCUUUUCAGCCUUUGGGGGUGCUACGUGCUUUGGACCUUUUCCCUUGUUCAGUCUCUCGCAGACCCUCUUCCCACUGCCCCGGGACAGCAAAGAGGAGAUCUGGACCAGUAGCGUGGCCGAUUUAAAAGGCUAUUAACAGUGAAAGACCACCGCCCUUCCCCCUCCAGCCACCGUGUGCCAGCCUUUCCAGCCACUCGGGUCUUCAACACAACUCUCGAAGAGAAAAAGAAGGGGACCUGGAAGGAACCCCUACUCACCUGCUAAUCUGAAGAACUGAGGGUGGGAGAAGGAAUCCCAGCCGCUUUUCCCUUUGGCCCCCUAACCUGCUCGCUGCGCUCACAUCCCUAACCAACUCGCCCCUCCGUGGGUCUCCCCUUGUACCCCGCUCCCUCUGACUGCCAUGCACUGAGUCCCCUGGCCCUGGGACGUCCCUAUGGGGAGGGCUCCCCACCAAGCUUCGUGAACUAAGAAAAGAAGGCGGCGGCGGCAUUGGGGCGCAGAGCGCCCCGGGUUCCGAGCUGCGGCUCGGAGGUGCCCUGCCCCCCCGACCCCGGUGUGCCCCCUGGAAGGCCUGGAGGGGCCCCACGGGGGCUAGGGGGGUUGGGGGUGAGCGCACCAUGAAGUCCCUCCUCUUCAGUCGCUUCUUCAUCCUCCUGCCCUGGGUACUCAUCGUCAUCAUCAUGAUCGACGUGGACCCCCGCCGCCCCGCGCCCCACCUCGGCCCGCACCCUCACUUCUCCCGGUACGCGGGCGGCCGCUGGGGCGCAGCUCCGCGCCCCGGCGUCCCGCGGCCCGCGCUGCUCCCUCGGGACGGCGGCCCCGACGGCGGCCCCCAGCGGGGCGCCGAGCAGGCGCGCAACCGCUCGCAGCCGCCUCCCCCUCAGCCGCCGCCGCCGCUGCCCACCAUCUAUGCCAUCACCCCCACCUACAGCCGCCCGGUGCAGAAAGCCGAGCUCACGCGGCUGGCCAACACCUUCCGGCAGGUGGCGCAGCUGCACUGGAUCCUGGUGGAGGACGCCGCCGGCCGCAGCGAGCUGGUGAGCCGCUUCUUGGCCCGAGCGGGGCUUCCCAGCACCCACCUGCACGUGCCCACGCCCCGGCGCUAUAAGCGGCCCGGCCUGCCGCGGGCCACGGAGCAGCGCAAUGCCGGCCUCGCCUGGCUGCGCCAGACUCACCGGCACGAGCCUCAGCGGCCGCAGCCCGGCGUGCUCUUCUUCGCCGACGACGACAACACCUACAGUCUGGAGCUCUUCCAAGAGAUGCGUACAACAAGAAAGGUCUCUGUCUGGCCAGUGGGCCUUGUUGGUGGGCGGCGCUAUGAACGCCCCUUGGUGGAAAAUGGCAAAGUCGUAGGCUGGUAUACAGGCUGGAGAGCUGAUAGGCCAUUCGCCAUAGAUAUGGCAGGGUUUGCUGUGAGUCUUCAAGUGAUUUUGUCCAAUCCAAAAGCUGUAUUUAAGCGCCGUGGGUCCCAGCCAGGGAUGCAAGAAUCUGAUUUUCUAAAACAGAUAACAACAGUUGAGGAACUGGAACCAAAAGCAAACAACUGCACCAAGGUUUUGGUAUGGCACACUCGAACAGAAAAAGUGAAUUUAGCUAAUGAGCCAAAGUACCACCUGGAUACUGUUAAAAUUGAAGUCUAACUUGAGGAGGCAAACAGGGCUUGCAUAACCAUGAAGGACAGCUGGCUGGGGGAAAGGACGCCUCCUGAAGCUUAGGCUACAAAAGCAAUCAAGUAUUGCUCAUUAUUCUACAGUGCAACAGCCCUGAUUUUCAUCUGAUGGACAUUUGUAUAAACAAAUCAGAUGGUAUAAAAAUGGAUGUUUUGUCUCCCCUUGGUUUGCAUGUUUCUCCCUCCCCAUUUCUGUUACAAUCACCUGAAAGAUCCAUAGAUCAUUAAGAGAAAAUGAUACUUGCAAGAGAACUACUUGCUUUUUAUGGUUUUUUUUUCCUUGCUUCUCUUCUUGCUCCUUCUCCCCCCAACAUCUUAAUUGGUGAAAUUGAACAAGUUUUUAGGAACAAAUGAGUGAUAUUUUGUCAAGUAAAAUGUUCCUGAUCUCUCAGUACUAAAUGAUUUCUAUAAGAUCAGUGGCAAAAUAUAGCUAAGGAAAUAAAACCCACAGGAAAAGUGGAUGGAUUCAUCUGUUUAAUAUAGGGAAAUAACAUUUUAUCAAUACUAGGCACCAUAAAAUGUAAACACAAUUACUGUCAUAAACCUGGAUAUACCUUCAAGGAUUAAAAGUACUAUUUUGUAGAUACCCUGUACGCAUCUAGUGCAAGGAGUGCUCUGCAGUUUAGCACUGUGUACAUAAGAAAUAAUCCCAAUUGUGGGAGACUCAGAGAAAAGUCUUGGGAUUUCUUUAUUCUUUGAACAGAUUAAAUUUUGUGGUAACAUCCAGGUUUAUCUUCCUUUCACUAACCAUGUUCCCUGUUAAGCACACCAUAACAACAUCACAGUGAAAUGAAUGAUGAAAUAAAAGAAUUUUGAUACAUUAGAAAACAGUGUUCAGUGAUACAUUUACAUUCUAUUUAUAUGAUUAAACAUCUUCUCAUAUAGUACCUUUCUACAGGAUUACUGGCUAAUUUGGGGGCAGGGUUUAUGCUGUUAGAGGUAUUACUAACAUGAUAACUACUUCCCUUAUAUGUGAACAGUAGACCUAUAAUCUUAUUGAGAAUAAAACUGAUUAUGUAAAUUGACUAAGCAGCUUCUCCAAGAAUAUGGUUUAUGAAAUCAU